CCCCCCGGCGCAGCCGGGGGCGAGCGGGCAACGUGUACGGCUGCUUCAUCAUCCCGCUGCUGGCGCAGCCGCUGGUAUGCAUCUUCCUCCCGUGGCACAUCGGCGGCCUGCUCGUGCGCUCGAAGAAGGUGCCCUUCAAGCAGGCCGUGUCCGUCAUGACCCCUGCGCCCUUCGACCUCGCCCGGUACGCCGAGCACGUGGUGAACGCCACGCUCCUCGUCUGCUCCCUCUUCAUGGCCUCCGGGUACGUGCUGUACAGCAUGGUCGGGCUGAUCGGAAGUUUUGGCCUCUCCUACCUGUACGACAGG